AUGCAAUUCAACAAGAUUUCACUAUUGGCUAUGGCCUCUGCCGCUUCCGCUGCCACCACUUCCCCAACCACCACUGAAACUAAGCCAACCACUACCAAGUUCUUCACCCCAGGUGACAACUUCUCUACUUUCGCUCCAAACGCCACUUUCUCUGGUGCCGCCGUCAACUUCACAUCUACUUUCGGUAUCGCCGUCCAAUCCAUCGACUCUAAGUCCGUCGUCUCAAAGUCCCUAGUGUCAACUUCCACGACAUCUACUUUGGCCCCAUCCUCUUCUACUUCUUCUGCCGCUUCUUCCACCACUUCUUCUCCAAACAUCACCAUCGUCAACAAGUCCUGUAAGGCUGACGGUACUUUGGUCAUGGAGCUAGAGAACGGUAUCCUAAGAGACGGUAAGGGUAGAAUCGGUUCCAUUGUCUCCAACAGACAAUUCCAAUUCGAUGGUCCACCACCACAAGCUGGUGCCAUCUACGCCGCCGGCUGGUCCGUCACUCCAGAGGGUAACUUGGCCCUAGGUGACUCCGAUGUCUUCUACCAAUGUUCUUCCGGUAACUUCUACAACUUGUACGACGAAUACAUCGCUGAACAAUGUCACCCAAUCCACUUGGAAGUCUUGUCCUUGGUUGACUGUUAA